CCGGUUUAAAAGCGCACAGCUGUUCUCUCUAGUCAGUGUCAGCUAUCAUGGCCGGAGCUGCGGAAUGCGGUUGGUUUGGAUCUUUUCUCUGUUUUCUAGGUGCCGCCACGGCGCUGUGUUACCUGCUGAAGUGGUCGUGGAGGACUUGGCAAGGCUUCCAGGUGUACGUGCUGUCCAAAAUCUGGCGAACAGAUCUGAGAGAGUACGGCCAGUGGGCAGUGGUCACAGGGUCAACAGCAGGGAUCGGACGAGCCUAUGCCAUUGAGCUCGCCAGACGGGGACUGGACGUUGUUCUGAUCAGUCGAUCACAAGAUAAGCUUCGCAGAGUUGCUGAUGAGAUAGAAUCGCGUUACGGACGGAAGACUCGAGUCAUUCAGGCCGACUUCACAGAGGGUCACUCUAUCUAUCCAGCUAUAGAAGAGCAACUCAAAGGCCUGGAGAUUGGCAUUCUGGUGAAUAAUGUUGGCAUGAAUUACGCUGGAAUGUUGGUGAACUUCUUAGAUGUUCCUGACCCUGAAAAGAGAAUCACUGAAGUAAUCAACUGUAACAUCCUCUCCGUCACACAGAUGAGCAGAAUGAUUUUGCCACAGAUGGUCGAAAGGCGUAAAGGUCUUAUCAUCAACAUGUCAUCAGAAGCUGGUUCUCAGCCACAGCCCAUGCUCACAUUGUACUCAGCUACAAAGAUAUUUGUGACGUAUUUCUCUCGCUGUCUUCAUGCAGAAUACCAGCCACGAGGAGUCACAGUUCAGUGUUUGACCCCAUUCAUAGUGUCCACUAAUAUGACACAUAACAUUGAGGUUAAUCCUCUGGUGAAAAGUGCAUCCUCGUUUGCCAGAGACGCUCUCAGCACUGUGGGUUACAGCUCCUUCACGAGUGGCUGUAUUACACACGCCCUGCAGCAUAUCGCUCUGACCAUCUUCUUCCCAGGCUGGCUGCGACUGUCUCCAUUCUGUGUACGCCGUGUCGAGAAGUUUGCCCAAGAAUCCAAGCAGCAAAUAGAAGAGAGAAUGGCACAGUGUCAGAAGAAGCAGGAAUGAUGAAGACAAACACAGACAAACCGAGGCCGACACUAGGCGGAAGUCACAUAAGGAUCACACACUUCUAACCAAACCCUGCUUUAAUCAGAUUUGAAAGUAUUUUAGGCAUACAUUCUCAGCGUGCAAUGAAUUAUCUUCAUUGGUGUGGAUUUUCAAACAUUUAAGGAUCUCAGCCAAAGAGGAUUUCUACUUGAUCAGCCAAGAUAUGUUGGGUCUCAAAGUUUUACAGGUUUUUUUUUUGUUUUUUUUUUUAAAAUGACGUAUGAAACUAUGCAGGUGACAUCAGAUCUUAAUACGUAGGAACAGGAUCCUAUUGUGUGGCCAGAACUUAUUAACAUAAGGAAGUGAGAUUAUUAAAUAUGGCCACAGUUUAAUAAGGUGUGAUUACGGUGCUGUGCCAACAAGAUGGGGAUGGCAUGCGUCAAUGCCCAUCCUUUUCUGUUUCUUGACAGCCGUAACUACUGUAAACAAAUUCCAGUGUGUGGCAAAAGAACGUACUCAUCUCUUUUAUUGAGUUUACCUUAAUUAUCUAUUUAUCAUGCCUUACUAAGUUGUGGCCACGCAGUAAGGUCAGUUAUGAAGGAAUGACGCCGGUGGAGUUUAGAGCUGGCAGUUUAGCAUUGUGCAAACUGCAAGUCAAAUUCCCUCACACUUAUCUCCAAACACACUUUACAUAAACUAGCAAAUACAUUUGUGUAAAUAUAUACAAAAACGAUUUGGCACUAUAUCAACCAAAUCACUCCUAACGUGUCCAAGACUGGCGCGGAGUGACACAAAACUAGCUGAAGUAGAAAGUGAUUCGGCUUCCAGACUGACAGUCUGUAGCUAUUUUCAGCGGAUGUUUGUCCAUUUGUCUGCGUAAAAAAAAAGGCAUAAACCCCCAUCAAGAAGUACAUUUCGAUAUACUGAACGACUCAACGUGGUUUGAGGCACUUAGUUUGCACAAUGCCAAAUUGGACACGUGUACCGUAUGUCACGUAGGCUAUUAACUACAUUAGCUUCAGACGACAGGUGUGCACGUGCGUGUUUAUGCGUCUCACUCCCACAGCUAUUACUUAUGCACGAACCAGCGACGUUCUUUAGAAAAUAUCGCUCCUAGGUGCAAUACACACACACACACACACACACACACACACACACACACACACAUAUAUAUAUAUUUGGGAAUUCUGAACAAAAUCAGUGACUUUUAAACCACACUGAAUGAAUGAAAGCGGCAAAUGACGUCACGUAGGGCCGCUCGAGCCACUCAUUUUGGCUCGAGCCACUCAAUACGCGCGCGCGCACACGCACACGCACACACACGCGCGCGCGCACACGCACACACACGCACACACACCUUGGCUGAUUGAGUAUUCUGAAGUGAGGUUUUUUUUGUGUAAAUUUUAUUUCUGGUCAAACUCUUGUUUUAAAUCAGAAAUUCAGUGUACAAUAAUACAAGAGAUUAAAUUGGGCUGUGUAUCAGAAAUAGAGAAGAUAUAGGACCCAGUAAGGGAAAAAGGAAAAUAUUGAACCAGUUUAUUGUGUACAUAUUUUUUUUAUACAUAUAUAAUAACAAUAUUACCCUAUGUUUGUUAAAUUAAACAGAAUAUGUAUUGUUAAUACAGGACCUUUUAUAUAAAUACACAUUAAAUUAAAAGCACAUAAA